GUUAUAGCUGAUGUCGCUACAGUGUUUGACCCGACAACUAUCAAACAGGGUGAAGGGCAUCACUCUCGUGUCGGGAUCGUCACAUAUGGAACAAAAGCCGAAGCGCGGUACCAAUUGAACGCUUUUAAUUCGGCUGACGAUUUCGUACAUAGGAUUUGGGAGAUUGAAACAGCAAAAGAUAAUUCAAGUGAUUUGAGAGAUGCUUUGAUGGUGGCCGAAAAGGUACUGCGGGACGGUCGUCCAAAGGGAGUUAGGGAAAACGUCAAACAAGCCAUCAUUGUCUAUGCUAGCGUUUACAAGUGA